CGCAGCGCUAAUCAGCAAUCGAACCAAUCUUCCUUUGCCUACACUUACAGUUUUGAGUUCUCUGCUCUGGCUAUGUCCAACUGUUCAUCUUCCUUCUUCCUUUCUCUUCACAUCCUCGAUGCUCCACAAGUGGUGAGACCCGCUACAAACAAUUUUACACGGAUUCAGCAUUCGAUCAUCACUAGCACUAGCUCAUGGAAGAGCAAUCACAUCUCAAUCAAUCAAACUACAACUCUUUCCUCUUCACAAGCAUGUUGUUUUGGUGCCCAAGACUCUACCUUUUUCGGGAAUUUCAUGUUUAAAGAGAAACCAAGCGGCAAGUUUGUAUCUUUCUCAAAGUCAUCACUACCCAGUGAAGAAGAAGCAGACGUAGUAGUGGAUUCUUCUCAUUUGGAAAACGAUAGUUCAGAAUCUCCUCGAGGUGGUGGUUUGAUUCGGGGAGUGGGUGAGAAUGAUCUGAUCAGUAUAGGAUCGAAAGGAUUCAAACAGACGAGAUCGAACCUUGUAGCUAAGCAAGUUAUUAGUAUACAGUCUGCUCUGAGUUUUGGAUUCAUCUCUCAGCUCUGGGUUGACACUUCUUCUUGGUUGGUUUUGGUGGUGGAUGUUAAACCCACCUUGCUAUCUGGAGAUUCUGAGAGAUUCUUGCUCACAGACAUUACUCGGGUGGGUGAUGUUGUUCUUGUAAAAGAUGAUGCUGUACUGGACACUGAGUUCAAAAUGGUUGGACUUGAAACACUGGUAGGUUUUAGAGUAGUGACACCAGGAGGGCGUAACAUCGGAAAGGUUCGAGGUUACUCAUUCAACAUUAACUCGGGAGUAGUUGAAUCGCUUGAUCUUGAUUCGUUUGGAGUUACCAUCAUACCAUCAAGCUUGGUUAGUACAUACAGAUUAGAUGUUGAGGACGUAAUCGAGGUCUUAGAAGACAUAGUUGUGGUUGAUGAAGCUGCAGCUUUUAGAAAACAGAGGUUGACUAAGGGACUGUGGGAUGCUCAGUUUGGUAGUGAAUACUCUGAUGUAGAGGAGCUUGAGAGUUCAUCUGAUAGAAGGCGGCGAAGGAGAAGUAGUAGAUUAAGACGGAAGAAGGGCGAUUUAGACGAUGAUGACGAAUGAGACAUGUUUCGCUAGACCUCAUGCAUUCAUUGUUUGCAAUUCAGCUUGAUUCCUUUCAUCUCCAGCUCUGUCUGAUAGAGAGAAUGUAAAAAUGUUCAAAUAAAGUUAUGAGUUCAUAAUGGCAGCAUUGGUCUAAUCCAAUGAGAACUUUAGCUUGUCUAUGCCGCAACACCCUCUGUUUUUAUCAGUCCCUUGCUUUUGUAGUGGAACUGAUACAUAACCAGUUUGGGUUGAUGCAACUUUUC